UAUGAAUGUCUAUAACUGUGAAAAUUGAUUAUUUUAACUGUGGUAACAAAUUUUCUUAAAAAGUGACUUUCGCAUUUCUACAGGAGGGAAACAUAUUUCUGUAAGAUUUAUCAGAAUUAAACACUUUUAAACCUAGAAAAACGACAGUAUCCUCCAAACUAUUGAUCAGACAUAGGUUUCAAGGGUACCUUUUUGAAUCAGGCAUUGCCAUUUCACUUGAAUAUACGCUUACACCUCCUUUAAAAGUUAAACAGCCACGUUUAUCGUUACCUAAAUGUUUUUAACAUUAUUUAUUUUGUGAUUAAUAAGUUUCAGACAAAAUGGCGGCCUCCACAACUGAGAUAAUUAGCGGAUUUGAGAACGAGCAGAAAUCCACGGUUUUCUCAGCGCUAAGUGAAUAUUUGAGUACAGGACUAUUCGUGGAUAUAUCACUGGUCUGUAAGGGACAAAUAUUAAGAGCACAUAAGGUUGUCCUCUCUUCCAGCAGUAAAUAUUUUAAAGAUCUGUUCCGACACCAACCCGGAGUAACCCUAGUAGAUCUAGAUAAGGAGCUGGCUCCGAACGAUCUGAACCUGACCUUAGAAGAUGUUCAGCUUAUCAUUGGAAUUCUUUAUUGUGUUGGAACAGUUGAAAUAUCACCACAGAGGAUUGAAACCUUACUGGUCUGUUCCCAGGUUCUAGGAAUUCCGACGUUGAUCUCAUUUUUGAAACAAAUUCGUGAAUCUAUCAAUGACAAAACGUUUGUGAAAGAUUGUCCCAGUAUCCUGGAGUAUCAUGAUAUUCCAAACCUGUCGGAUCCUAAGGAUGUAAUGUCUCCGGGUAGAUCUUACAAUAAGUCGUCAGACAGUUCUAAUCUUCCGUCGGCACAACCCAAUCCAAGGACUAGCGGAGAAAUAAUGUACAUUAUCUCCCCCUCCUCCCAACAUUUCCCUCCAGCAGUGUAUUCAACCCUUCCCUCUACAUCUGCAGCUCCGACAUCAGGACAGAAAACAAGAACUACAGGUUCAGGGUUUACUCCAGGUCCAGCUUUCCCUCUCCUAGAUCUAUCCUUGGUUAAACCAAUGACGGAGAGCUGUGUAAAUACUCCGGAACCAACUCCAACCAAGCAAUCCAGGCAGCCCAGCCUAAGCCCUGUGCCUGGUCCUAGUGGGGUCAAGGAUUCCUUGCUCUAUCAGAAAAAAUCUUCAGCACGACAGCUAGGUUCAAGAAUUUCAAGUUCAUCUUUCUCCGGGUUCUCUCUUCACUCCCUCCAGUCCCCUCGUCUUAAAUCCACUGAGACGAGUGUAUCUGAUAAUCCCUCUGGAUCCAGGCUUGGAACCAGUGUGCUGGAUGUCCUGGAUCAGAACCUCUUAAUGCACCUGAACAACCUGCAGGCGAACCAGCUGGAUGACCUAGAGAACGUCCUGCUCCCUCAUCUAACAGUGGAUCCUCGUACUCAGGACUCCCCCGGACAAAACCUCCUGGAUAUACAAACCAUGGAGUUGAGUUCCAGUGGAGAUAGUUCUGUUGAGAGCUAUGAAACUAUUGCUGAGGAAAACUUGGAGCCAGUGGAAGAAAAUGUGGAGCCGGUGGAAGACAGGUUUGAAGAAACUGUUGAAACUACUGAGCUGGUUGAAAAAAACCCUAAAAGUGUUAUGGAGCCCCAAGAUCAGUUGACUGAAUCUUCUGACAUUGCACCGUCGCUUAUUGUUUCUGAGCACCCAGUUUUGAAGAAAAUAUCAGAUCUGAAAGAAAAGACGAAUUCAGAAGGUUCUUUACUUUUAAAUCUACAUGGACAUCAACCUGGAAACAGAGAUGCUAAUAUUCUCAAACCUCUUGGUGGUAAAAAAAUGAAUAAAGUUCUAAGCUCUGAACCUUGUAAGAGACGAAUGAGUAGUGCAGCAACAAGUAGUUUGCUUGAGAAGGAUAUUGUUGACUUCCGUUGUUCUAGUGUUCCUCUUCUAGCUCGGAGCAGUCCUCCACUCGCACUCACACCAGCACUAGGAAGAAAGGUGUCCAAACUAGCCGGAACUAAUCUUGUUAAUAGUCCGGACAACCCUGAGUUAAACAGCAAUCUUUCAGUAUCAAACUCUGUUCGAUGGACUCCUGUAAAAGGAAUAACCCUGUCUCCGUUAAAAAAUCUUCUUCGUCCCGACACUGUGGGAGACCUUAUCAUGGAAAAAGAUACUGCAAAUAAACUUAUUCAAGAUGACCACGAUGUCAGAGAUGAUGAUAUUGAUGAUAUUACAGCUGAAGAAGGAAUCUCCCAGGAUCAAGAUGAGGAAGCACAGGACCAGCAUCCUAGAGAAAUAAUCAUGAACCUGGAUCAGGUUUGUCAAACUGGACAAAAGAUGAAGUUCUCAAUCCCUGGGGUGUCCAGAGAAGUAACUUUAAACUUCUCCGCGGAAGCGCUCCAGGAAAUGAAGAAUGCCGCGCUCAGAUCUAGUCUUGAUCUUUCUACUGGAGGAGAUCAAAACUCUGAAAUAUCAAGCACUAAACAAGUUUCUCUCUCAGAUUCAGAAGAGAAAUCACCAAUUCCUCACAAGAAACCAAAGCGGAUGAAAAAGAAUCUCCGACAAAAAUUAAAAUCAAAUUUAUCCAGUCGGCCUCUCAGCACCAAUACUAAAGUUCGCGAUGAGAUCACAUGUUCUGUUUGCUUAAAACCAUUCUCCAAUGAAGCUCAACUGAAAAAGCACAUGAAGUUUCACGUGGAGAAGAAUAUUAUCUGUAAGUUCUGCCCGGAGAGUUUUGAGAAGGCCUGGGUGUACAAUAAGCACCUGGAGGAGGAACAUCAGAUCAAGGAGAAGCAUGAGUGCCCUGACUGCAGUAGGAUGUUCUAUCAGAGGACGGAGUUGCUCGCGCAUAUUCAAUCCUUUCACCAAACUAAAAAAGUUUUCAAAUGCCAGGUUUGCCAUCUUGACUUCAACCACAAACAUCUACUGGUGAAGCACCUGACAAGCUGGCACAGCACCCUCCCCAUCUCUAUGUGUAACCUCUGCACAGAGAUAUUCGAGGAUGUGAACGCUCUGGACAGUCAUAUUUGUCCAGGAGCUGAGAUAACAAACAGGAAUAUUAUCUGCCAUCAGCAUGAAGUUCCUGUCAAGCUGACCAGCAGGCAGGAACUACAGGUUCACAUGUCAACAGAGCAUAAUGACGGAGCUGCUAAAUUCCAGAUUUUCUGCUGUAUUUGCCAGAAAUCCUUUCUGCUGCGGAAUAAUCUAAAUAAACAUCUUCGAAACAUUCACAAGCUGGAAACAGGAGGAAAUAUUUCAAGAAAAGAGUUUAAAUGUACGGUUUGUGAUAAAGUGUUCUAUUACAAGAAUGAUUUGAGAAAUCACAUGGAAAUACACUCUGCCAGUAAGAAGUACAACUGUAGUUCUUGUAACAAGUCGUUUUACUGCCUGAAGUCCCAGAAGCAGCAUGAGAGACACUGCUGCUCUGAACAGACCUGGAGCUGUGAAAUAUGCAACAAGCAGCUGAGCUCUAAGUUUAAGCUCCGAGCUCAUAAACUAACUCACUCACAGGACCGAAGUUUCAGCUGUCAAGUUUGUAAUCAGAUGUUUAAAGAGAAGAGAACUAUGAUAAAACAUUUUAAAAAUAAACAUAAAGAGACAAUCAACAAACCUUUCCAAAUAUCUAAUGAAAGCGUAGGACAAACUACACAGUUUCCCCUUUCACAAACUGUAGAGAUGUCCCUGUCACAAACCUACGGGUUGUCCCAAACUGAUGGAAUGUCCGUGUCCCAAGCUUCAGUAGUGCCCUUGUCCCAAGCUUCAGUAGUGCCCUUGUCCCAAGCUACAGUAGAGCCCUUGUCCCAAAAUGAAGGGGUGACACUAUCCCAAAAUGAAGGGGUGCUUAUGUCCUAAACUGCGCCUUCUAAACGCCAAUCUGAAAGUUGUUCAGACUUAAACAUUAGAUACAUUAGACAAAUCAUACAAAUCUUAAAAUUUUGGACUAAAUUAUGUUUUUAUAAAUACAUUUUCUGCUCAUCAGUAUUUUACAAUAAACAAGCCUACCAUACUUAUAAUAUUUAAAUUUGAAAAGUCUAAAAAAUAUUUAUGUAUAAUCUUAAUUGUGAAAAUUUACAAAGUUCUAUUUUCAGAAAACCAGAAAUCAAAUGAAAAAAACUUGCAGCAGUUGAAUAGAUCCCACAAUGGAGAUCAAG